AAGGCGAACACACACAACCGUGGCGGCUUGCACUUUACAUUCCUACUCUCAGACUUGGAAACCAUGCGAGCCAAGUGGGAAGACAUCGGAGAUGCUGUGAAAUCACUUUUCGUUGGAUACUGGGUCAUACUUAAUGCUUGUUCCGUGGGUGUCCUCGGCCAAGAGGGUAAUGGCUGUGGACAUACACUACUUGGACCAGAAUCAGGCACCUUGGCCUCUCAGAACUACCCAGGCACUUACCCGAGUAACACUUGGUGCCAGUGGAAGCUUCAUGUGCCAGAAGGGCGGACGCUGCUACUCUUUUUUGGGGAUUUCAACAUUGAGAGUAGUACAGGCUGCAAUAAUGGCUCUCUCAUCAUCGUAGAUAAAAGUGGAUUGCCUUACCUAGGUCCAGUUUGUGGGAAGCUUAAUGCGUCACAGAUGAAUAUGACACUUCCAAGCAACGAAGUAACAAUAACCUUCAAGACGAUGUCUCAUCGGUCUGGACGAGGGUUCCUACUGUCAUAUGCCACAGACCUAUAUCCAGAUAUCGUCUCUUGUUUACAACGGGGGUCUCAUUUUAGCUCACUGCAGUUGAGUGUUUACUGUCCAGCCGGGUGUAAGAAUGUGGCGGGUGACGUUUGGGGAGGUCCUGAUCACGGAUAUAGAGAUACGUCAGUCCUGUGUAAGUCUGCUGUGCACGCUGGAGCUACAUCCGAUAGUCUUGGAGGUCGUGUGAGUGUGAGCCGUGGUAGGAGCCUCACUCUCUACGAAUCGACCUUUUCCAAUGGAAUCCUCUCCAAAACGGGGUCGUUAUCAGAGAAGAAGCUGGUGUUCAGCCAAGCAGAAUGUAAAAAUAUCCUGGCGGUGUACGGUCUAAACGCCUCAUCUUUUUGGGAGAAAGACAGCCAAGAACACACAAUGUUCUGGUCUAUUAGAAACUUGGGUCCCAGACAAGAGGUGAUGUUCUGGGCUGCAAGCAAGAGUGACGCUCAACCCUGGGUGGAGCUGGGGCUUACUGAUAAAAGUACAAUCACAGGAGUAAUCACAACUGGAACUAGUGAGAACCACAUAGAAUCCUACAUCCUCUUUUACAGCAAAGACAGAAAGAACUGGAAGGUUUACAAAGAUGUCAGCAGAGAAAAAAUGGUGUUUCAGGCCUAUGCUGACGGCCACACCAGGGUACUCAACAGUCUAUUUCCUCCCACUGUGGCUCGCUUCAUUCGGUUGCAGCCACAAAGCUGGUUUGGCCGGGCCUCAGCUCAGAUCCAGAUCCUGGGCUGUCCUGUCAAGAUCACACCAAGGUCUCACUCGCCUGAAGUAUCACCUCCCAGCAAAGAAAAGGCGGUGACGCCAAACACGCCUCCCACUUUCACCCAGGGGCCAGUUUUAGUGGAGACAAGACCGAAGUCCAGUCAGGCAGUCAUCAUCGCAGUGGGAGUGGUCCUGGGACUGAUCAUGUGCUUCAGUUGUUUAUUGGCUGGAGUCUGGUGGGUGAGAAGGAAAAAGUCGUCCCAAAUGAAGAAUUGCGUACCAACAAGUUGUCAGAGUUUCCAGGUUAAAAGUCUCGCCUGCUCUUCAUCAGCGCUCAUCUCCUACCCUCUAGAAAGAAAUAUCCAUGACCGGCUACCAAGCCCUCCUCUCCAUGACUAUGACCAACCAGUAAAGAUGGGCUCUACAUUCCGCCCACCUUCAGACGAGGGCUACACCGUCCCCUUCACGUUCAACCAUUACGACUCUCCCGUCAACCUUCCAGAGUACGCCGAGCCGCUGCCCCCGGAGCCCGAAUAUGCGACACCAUUCAGUGAGCAGGACAGCAACACACGAGGGCGCGUCAUGUUGGCGUCGACCGGCAGCACGGGCACGUAUGAUUGCCCCGCCCACAGGAUGCUCCACAACGGCUACUGCACACCCGCCUCUCAUGCAAACGGAGCACGCCCUGCUAGUGUCGACAUAUACGCUGAGCCCAAGUCAUGUGACUCCUUACUGCACCAGAAGCCUUUGUGAUGGAACACACAGCUCACUGCGAACCACAGCAGAGCGCCGUGUUCCGUCAAUGAAGUACCCCAACGUUGAGAGGAUCAUACAAAAGUACACAAUGUUGACUGAAUAUUUUCUUUGUCCCAUGUCUUUUUUAUUGAGUCAAUGUUUUGCACUUUCAGAAAAUGUAUUACAGACGAAUGGAAAACAGCAAAUGAUGUUGUCAUGACAACAUAUAAUAUUUACAACUUGAAAAUGUGUUGAGCUACAGUGAUGGGUUUAAUACUGCAAUGGCUACAAGCUACCACUGGGUGGCUCUAGUUAGUUGUAAACAUCUAACAAUAACAACGGGUAUAUUCAUAACGGUUAUAUUAUAUAAAAUGUUAUCACACAUAAAAGGCACAAUGGCUAUGUUGUUGUUGUGAUUAGGAGGAGAAUAAACACUGAUGAUUGUGUACCUAACAAAGACAUCGAAAGAUUGUAGCACCUUAGAUUCUGUGCGUAUACAAACCCCAAAACCAGUGAAGUUGGCACGUUGUGUAAUUCGUAAAUAAAAACAGAAUACAAUGAUUUGCAAAUCCUUUUCAACCUGUAUAAUAUUGAAUAGACUGCAAAGACAAGAUAUUUAACGUUCGAACUGGUAAACUUUUGUUAUUUUUUGC